CCUAUAUUUGAAAAACAAAAAUAUUUCUAAAAAAUCGGAAAAUACGUAUAUCGGCCUAGUUUUUGUUCUUUGUACUUUUUAAUUUCUAGUAUAUUUUCUUAUUAACGUUGAAUAUGAAGCGUAGUACGUUGGAUCCUUCACCGGACUCUUCUGAACACCACAAAAAUGUACCUAAGAAUUUUUUGCUAGCCGCCAGAAAAAUUAAAAACUUACAAUUUUUAGUUGCUUUGGUGGAAAGAAAUCCUGAGCCUAGCGGUGUAAAUUAGUAAUCCAAUGCGUGUGUCAAAGAAAGGCUACACAGAAGUCAUGGAAUUAGAUGAAGGACUGCACAGGUAUUUUGAUCCGAACAUUUUUUUUCAAUAUCAAGAAUACAGAGUGACUGAACAAAUAAUACUUUUAUUUCUAAAGGAGAAAAUAUAUCCAAAAAUAUCAUCAAGAGGUCAUAAAAAGCCCCAUUUUACCAAGAUUGGGAUAUUGGAUAUUUCUUUGCUGCUGAUAAAACUCAUUACAGGGACAGACAAAAAAUUUGCAUAUAUAGCAUGACUUUGAGUAUAAUGUUCGGGUUUCCAUGGUUUGAUCCCCCUCUAAUCAAAUUUGCUACUUCUACUCUUCAAAAAGUUCUGGAGGCAGGUACAUUUUCACAACAAUUUGUUUAUUGUUAUUGAUUGGUGCUUGAGAAAAAAUCCUAGGGACGCUCAUGAAUAUGACUAAGAAUGAUCUGAAGGAACUUCUCAAGAAAGGAGUUUAUGUAAAAUUUGAAAGCUGUUUAAAUGCAAUUGAUGUCUGAAAAACCAAUGGGAUAGAAAAUAUGUUUUAUUUCUAUAGAGCCACAAGAAUUUAUGCUAGUAAAAAUACUGCAAAAAACUUUAGAUCUUCUGAAGUGCCAACCACUUGUGUUGGUGAAAUGUCAAGUAAAAAUAUUUUUACAAAAACCAACCAAAUGAUGGCUGCAAAAGCCUUUGCAUUUCACUUUUUAAGUUUCUGUUUGACAUACUUUGCACUAGGUCAUUGCUUUCUUAAAUUACACUGUAUAUUCAAUAAUUUCAGGCAGAUACAUUUGCUAGAGCCAAUGCAAAAAAUAAACUAGAAGUUAUAGGGAGACAAAUGAAGAAUUUACAAGAAUUGAUGAAUGAUGUUUUAAAUGAAACUAAACUGAAUAGUGAACUCAAUAAUGCAGCCUGUAAUUUUGUGAAGAAACCUGGGCAUGUUUAUCAUCUUUAUCAAAGACCAUCAGGGCAAAAAUAUUUUGGGAUGCUAUCUCCAGAGGAAUGGACAAAUUGUCCUCAUAAUUACUUAGGUAGUUACAGAUUAGAGGCAGACUACAGUUGGACACCUGCAGAGGCUAUAGAAUCUAGAUUUGAGGGUGUAAAUUUCCUUAAAGAAGUUAUGACCAAUCCAAGAAUGAAAGCUAUCAUGAGCAUGGAUAUUAGUUAAAAUAAUGCAAAGUGUAAAUAAUUUUUAGCUGAAUAACAAGUUUAUUGUUUUACAAAAAAGAUACAUUUUUAUAACAAGGCUUCAAAUAAAACAAUUUGAACACA